AUGGAUACUAAAGGAUAUUUGCAGUCGUUUGGCUGGAAAGAAGGCGAGGCCCUUCAGAAGGGGGGUUUGAAGAAACCAAUUUUAGUGAAACAUAAAAAGGAUACCAAAGGGUUGGGAAAUGGAUCAAACGACGCUGAUAUGUGGUGGGAAAAAUUGUUUGAUGGACAAUUGAAGAGUCUAGAAGUUAGUAGUGGCAGUAAUGGUAAAGGAGUCAGUUUUGCACAGAAUAAAGACAAUAUAAACCUGGAAAUAGCAAAAGCCAAUUCUCCCUUAUAUCGAAUGUUUGUGAAAGGAGUGGGGCUAUCAGGAACAGUAGGGAAGACUGAUUUUGCGAAGGUAGAAGAUAAGGUAGACUAUAAAAUGGCUCUCGUAGAAGUAGAAAAAAUGACAGUGAAGAAAGAGAGUAAGAGCAAGAAAGAGAAGAAGGAAAAGAAACUGAAAAAAGUAAUAAAGGAGAAGAAAGAAAAGAAGGAGAAGAAGGAGAAGGAAGCUAAAGGAAAGAAAGAAAAGAAGGACAAGAAGGACAAGAGAGACAAGAAAGAGAAAGACAAGAAAGUAAAGAAAGUGAAAAAGGAAAAUGAACCAGAAAAACCAAAGAAAGUGAAGAAAGAGAAACCAUUGAAACUGGACAAGAAGGAUGUAAAGGAGGUAAAAAUUUUAAAGUCAAAGAAAACAGAUUCAUCCAAGAAGAGAAAACUGAAAGAGGAAACCCCAGAAAAUUCGAAGAGACUCAAAAGGUAA